AUGGUCUGGAGCUUGAGGGCGCAGCCUGGGGGUCGCCACAGUGAGGGCCUUAGCGACAGAGUGUACCCACUGCUACCGCAGGGAGGACAGGAAGGACAAUAUGGGCAGGCCUGGGGUGUGGCCUGGGUUUGCAUUAAGUGUGCGACUCCUUUUGGCAGCGGGUCGUACGGGACGACGGGUACGUCGGAGCGCCCUGCGCCCCACCCAGAACCUAGCGCGCCGGCGCCCGGCUUGCACGCUGCAGGGCACUGCGGGGGCGGCGGCGUAGUCGGCUCGGAGGGUGGCGAGGGGCUGUGGCCUGGGCAGCCGAGGCUUGCGCAGCCUGUCAGCCAGGGCGCCUACGAGCUCCUGGUGCUUCUGCUUGGCUCCGUGGGACCGCUGGGCGUCGGCAGCAACCUGCUGGUGCUCGUCCUCUACCUCAAGUUCACGCGGCUCCGCAGCCCCGCCCGCCUCCUCCUGCUUAACGUCAGCCGCAACCUGCUACCCUGCGUCCACCGGGCCGCGCUAGCUUUCGCGUUCCGCCUGAGGGGCGGCGUGGUGGGGGGCGCCACGAACUGCGUGUGGGACGGCUUCAGCAACAACCUGUCGGGUAUUGUUUCCAUUAUCACCCUAACUACGCUGGCCUGUGAACGUUAUAUUGGCAUGAUCCAUAACAGAGUGAUCAGUUUUUCCUUGGCCUGGAGGGCCAUUACCUACACCUGGCUAUACUCACUGGUGUGGCCAGGAACACCUCUCCUGGGCCGGAACAGGUACAUCCUGGCCGUGCAUGUACUAGGCUGCGCUGCGAAUUGGAAAUCCAAGGACGCCAGCGACUCCUCCUUUGUGUUUUUCUUAUUUCUUGGCUGCAUGGUGGUACCUGUGGGUGUCAUUGCUCAUUGCUAUGGCCAUGUUUUGUAUUCCAUUCGAAAGCUCCGUUUUGUUGAAGAUCUUCAGACAAUUCAAAUGUUCAAGAUUUUAAGAUAUGAAAAGAAACUGGCCAAAAUGUGCUUUUUUAUGGUAUUCGCCUUUCUGAUCUUUUGGAUGCCUUAUGUUGUGAUUUGUUUCUUGGUGUUUAAUGGUUAUGGACACCUGUUCACUCCUACAAUAAUAUCUACUGUUUGAUAUCUCUUUGCUAAAUCAGGCACUGUGUAUAAUCCAGUUAUUUAUAUCUUCAUGGUCAGAAAGUUUCGAAGAGCCCUUUUGCAGCUCCUAUGUUUCCGACUGCUGAGAUGCCAGUGACCGGCUAAAGACCUACCAGCAGUUGGGAGUGAAAUGCAAAUCCAACCCAUUGUGAUGUCACAGAAAGAUAGGGACAGACCAAAGAAAAAAGUGAUUUUUAACUCUUCUUCCAUCAUUUUUAUCAUCACUAAUGAUGAAUCACUAUCAGUUGACGGUGACAGAACCAGUGGGUCAUAGGUCGAUGUAAUCCAAGUUAGUCCUUUAUAG